AUGUCUGCACAUACUUGUCUCAUGCGUCUACGCUUGUCCGCAUGGGUUUCCGCUUGUUCGCCCUCCGUGUUUUCACUCUGCUCAUUUAUGGUUCGCGCCGCCGCUCACUCUUAUGAUACUUUCCUCAGUAAUUCCGCGUUUUUCAACCUGAUCUCCGUACCUCUCAAGUCUUCCAAAUAUCCUCUUCUCUCUGGAUCAUGCGCUCAAGCUCGUCCUAUCUGUUCUAACGUUUGCUCUCUCAUCUGCCCUUAUUUGCGCUUGCAACUACUCGUCUGCACUUAUCUACACCCGCCUCCGCACAUUCUUACUUGUUCCCGCAUACCGCCAGAUGUUUUUGCUGGUCCGCCCUUGUAUGUACCUGCUCCCACUUAUUUUACUCAUUUAAAGCGCGGUUCCCUGCCGCCUAAAGACCUUCGCCUCAACAAAAAACCUUCGGCUCUCGGCGCGCUUGCCCCCACGAUGCCGUUCGGUAAUUUUACGUAUUUUCUCGUGUCUAUACCACUAUCCAACGGCGCCCAUCCACUAGCUUUCCAUCCGCCUGCCCACUUAAAUGCCACUUAUUGA